AUGCCAGGCAGCGGCCCCAGCGAGAGGAUGACGUGGCCCGGCCCGGCCCUUCCCGCGGCCCCCCCAACCCGUCCUCUCUCCUCAGCCCCGGGAACACCGCCCAUCCCGCCCCUGACCCGGACCCGCAGCCUCAUGGCCAUGUCCCUGCCGGGGAGCAGACGGACUUCUGCUGGAUCCCGCAGGCGCACCUCUCCACCUGUGAGUGUGCGGGAUGCCUACGGUACCUCUUCUCUCAGUAGCAGCAGCAACUCGGGCUCCUACAAGGGCAGUGACAGCAGCCCCACGCCCAGGCGCUCCAUGAAGUACAUGCUAUGCAGCGACAACCAUGGCAUCAAGCCCCCCACCCCGGAGCAGUACCUGACUCCACUGCAGCAGAAGGAGGUGUGCAUCCGGCACCUGAGGGCCCGGCUGAAGGACACACAGGAUCGGCUCCAGGACCGGGACUCGGAGAUCGAUGACCUGAAGACGCAGCUGUCACGCAUGCAAGAGGACUGGAUCGAGGAGGAGUGCCACCGUGUGGAGGCCCAGCUGGCCUUGAAGGAGGCCCGCAAGGAGAUCAAGCAGCUCAAGCAGGUCAUCGACACUGUCAAGAACAACCUGAUUGACAAGGACAAGGGGCUGCAGAAGUACUUUGUGGACAUCAACAUCCAGAACAAGAAGCUGGAGACGCUGUUGCACAGCAUGGAGGUGGCCCAGAACGGCACAGCUAAGGAGGAUGGCACCGGGGAGUCAGCCGGCGGGUCACCGGCCCGCUCCCUCACCCGCAGCUCCACCUACACCAAGCUGAGCGACCCGGCCGUGUGCGGUGACCGCCAGCCCGGCGAUCCCCCCAGCACCUCCGCAGAGGAUGGGGCCGACAGUGGCUUUGCGGCAGUGGUGGUGCCGGCCGUGCCCACGGUGGCCUGGCUCUGCCGCUCCCAGCGGCGCCAGGGCCAGCCCAUUUACAACAUCAGCUCCCUGCUGCGGGGCUGCUGCACCGUGGCCCUGCACUCCAUCCGCAGGAUCAGCUGCCGCUCGCUGAGCCCGCCGGGCCCCGGCCCCGCUGGCAGCUCCCAGCUCUGAGGCCCAGGCAGCGCCUCCUGCCCUGACCACUGAUUGUAGGGACGCUGCUCUCCCCUCGCAUUUCCCCGGGUGUCCUCUCAUUUCUUUAGUGUUGGGUGUGGAACUGUCUGUCGUCAAGAUGUUAAGUGUGUCGGGCAGGAGUAGGGGGUGGGGAGAGGCAUCCCGAAACUUCUGCAGAGAGAAGGAAGGAGACCAAAAGCAGGGAGGCACUCUGUCCGGACAAACCGCAGCGAGAGGAGGUGGUGAGGGUCCCCCUAGCCCGGCCCUUUGGACAGGCGGACCCGCUCAGGAAGUCUCUGGCCAUCUUUAUUUGGGGGAAGUGGGGCUGGAGUCGCCCGCUGGAGCCGCUGCCCUGCACUGUCCUGCCCAGUGCCCUGCUCACUCCAAGCCUUCUCUUCCAAGCCGCCUGCCCUCCGCCCAGGCUUCUGGGCCAGUGUUACCUCCUCAGAUGGUGCAGCUGUGGCCCAAAGUGCAGAUAACUGGCCCAAGGACCCGAAGCCAGGCCUGGAAGCAUGGGGCGCUCCAGCCUCCCAGAAUGCUCCCCUCCUGGGGACUCGGGAGCACAGUCAAGCCGCUGGCUGGAGAAGGGCGGGGCUGGGUGAGGUGGCAGGGGGCAGCUGGGUUCUGUGUCUUCUGUCCAGCCCAGCCUUUCCCAUCGUCCAUCUCCUCCUGAUGUGUCUGGGUGUGCCCCGUCGUCCUUCCUGUGAGGAGCUUGGCCCCCAAGCUCAGUGCUGAGGCGGGACACCUGCCUGAGCCCCGGCUCCUGGCACAAGAAGAGGAGGCACAGGUGGGAGCCCCCGGGGCGCUCCUCCAGCCUUCCGAGAUGAGGCCGUCCGGUCUGCAGGCUGGGAGCAGACUGGACUCAGGAACCUUCGGCUUGUUUGAGAGCCAGAGGCCAUGACUGCCUGGGGCCAUCCCUGGGCUUCUCGGGGUCUCAGGCCCAACUUCUGCUUUGCACUAUGUUCACUUUGGGGCUAGGCCCUCUCCCACCCUAGGUCCCCAGAGGUGAGACUGCUCGCCUUCUGGGAUGAGGGCUCCUAAGCCUUAGACAUACCUGCCUCUGCAGCAUGGGGAUUGUGGCAGGAAAAUUGCAGGGUGGGUAUUGAAGCCACGAUGUCUGUCCAGGCCAAAGCAGGGUGCCCUGGGCUGUGUCUCCCAGGCAGGGGCGUGGCAGGGCAGGCAGGGGCCUGGGAAGGUACACUGUCCCCCACUCCUUCCCUGGGGCCACAUGUAAGUCCCCCAGCCAAGCUGCUAACCUUUUUAUUACUGUUAUUAUCUUACAAAAUAAACUCACUCCUCUUCCCCACAGGGAUUAUACUCACCUGGUCAUCCCACCCACUCUUCAGAGGCUGGCCCCACAUUUAGGGGGCUGGAGGGACCCUAUCUUACCCUCUGGCCUAGGGACCACCCUGGUUCUCUGCCAAGGCUGCUUGUCCUCACCCCUGUGCCCCGACAGCCAUUGCCUGAUUCAUGGGCUCUGCCUUUCCACUCUGUGCCCUCCCCUCGGGGCACCUGCAUGCACUGGGAGUGGGUGGCCAGCCCAGCCGUCGGGGUGAGAACCCCUCUGCCACGCGCUUUGUGCCUCCAAAAUUCCCCCACCUCCCUCGGGACUACAGACUAGCCAUCCUCUGUGGAGCGCCUCCACCCCAGCCGAACCAAAUCCGAUGUCUGCGGUCUGGCCAGGCUGCCCCCACAGGACACCGGGGUCAUGCCACGGAGGGGGCAGUGGACAAAGCCAAUCCAAAGCCGGGCCGGGACUGGCCGUGGACCCAGCCUCCUGUGCCGUGUACUCACGGAGCUGCGUAGUGUCUCCUUAGAAGUAGUUAAAGCUUUGCUGAGAAAAGGAAUGUAUGAACUAUAUUUGACAACAUAAAGCCUAUCUAUUUUUCACCACUGGAAUUUAGUCAAGCUUCAUAGACCCUCUGCUCCUGUCUGCGUCCUGCGUCUAUGGCCUUCCUGUUGUGUCUUGUGUUUUGGUAGACGUGAGCAGGGCUGGGGCCACAGUCCACUCUGUCCCCGCUGGAGAAGCCCCCUGUGAAGGGCCGGGCUGUGGUCGGCCCCAGGCCUUGGAGCAGGUGAGCAGGCCAGCUGCCACCCCCUCCUCCUGCUGUGGCCCUCGACCCUCCCGGUGGGCCUGGAGGGCCCAGCCCACAGCAUCGAGGGCCCUCUCUCAGGGGGUUCUCUUCGAUGGCCUUUUCUUCUUGUCAGUGGAAGAAGCAGUUCCUCGCCCAGCCCUGGGACGGGCUCUGGGACCGUACUGGCCGGUAUCCCUGGCCCAGCUCCUGAGUGUGUGUGCGCUCAGGGUUGCGCAUCUAUGCAAAGGCACUGGCUACCCGUGUGGUGGAGCGGGCAGCCUGUGGGCUCAGGCUCCAAGCUCCGUGGAGUGAGCCGGAACAGGGGCUGGAGAGGGCCGAGCCACGGCAGAAGCUUCCAGAGAGCAACCCCCGCAGCUCCCCUCGCCUUCCUGCCGAAUGCCUCCUCUCGCUGGGCUGUGAGCUUUCCCUCCUGCCCUUGGCUUCUGGAGCAGAAGCCUUUGGGCUUUCCCUCACUCCAGCCUCAGUCCGGAGCUGAUUAGGUCCUGAGGAUCAGUGUCCCCAGGAGCCCCCUUCUGCAGCCCAGCGGGCAGCCAGAAGCAGCUUGUCCUUAGUUCUAGGACUUGGGCCCUGGAGGCCCCUCCGCUGUCUGACCCAGGCUCAGGCAGGAGUUGGGAGUUGGGCCUGGCUCUGCACAGAGCUGGGCUUGAGCAGUUAGAUUACCAAUGUCUCCCAAGGGGAUAACUUAGCUUCCACUGAAACCCCCUUCCCAGUUGCCACUAGCACAGGGUAUCUGACAGCGCUUGGGGGAGGGGUGGGGCAAACCAUGGGCUUCUGGGGCCUCCGCCCAGGGAGCUCCCAGCCCCUCCCUGACCUGCAAAUGGGUCAUGUGCACUCACACAUUAGGCCAUCCCUGGACAGAGGAUUCAGGGGAUGGGGAGGUGGGCGGGGUCUUGACUCUUGUCUCCUUUGUCCUUUUGUUCAGACAGAGUUGUACCUACAGCAGACAGCUGUGAAUUAAAGCAUGGAAACACAGCGAGA